AGUAGUCAAGAUUAUUUUAUUGCAGAAACAUCAAAAAUAUAAAUAGAUUGUUUGGAAGUCAAAAUGGAACAACCAAAGAACGACGAUUUACAAGAUGGUAUGUCAGCUACUGAAAUGAUCAACAUGGGAAAUGGUCUAACUUAUAAUGAUUUUAUCAUUUUGCCUGGCUACAUUGACUUCUCACCCGACCAAGUCACCCUGGCCAGUCCUUUAACCAAAAAAAUCAACAUCAAAGCUCCACUUGUCUCAUCACCAAUGGACACUGUCACCGAGUCGGACAUGGCCAUCGCGAUGGCGCUCUGUGGAGGUAUUGGUAUUAUCCAUCACAACUGUUUGCCGAGCUACCAGGCCAAUGAAGUGCUCAAGGUGAAAAAAUACAAGCACGGUUUCAUACACGACCCUGUAGUAUUAUCUCCAACCAACACUGUUGAAAAUGUGCUGAACGUAAAAAAAUCGCACGGUUUUUGCGGUGUUCCAAUUACAGAUAAUGGCAAACUUGGCGGUAAAUUGGUCGGUAUUGUCACGUCGAGGGAUAUUGACUUUUUGGAUGAGGAGGGUAGCGGUACGGUGAAAAUCGAGCGCAUUAUGACCAAGUUGGAGGAUUUGGUUACAGCCCAAUCAGGUGUUACACUACCUGAAGCUAACGCCAUUCUCGAGAAGAGUAAGAAGGGUAAAUUGCCCAUUGUAAACGCCCAGGGUAAUUUGAUUGCGUUAAUGGCGCGUACUGAUUUGAAGAAGGCCAAAAGUUACCCCACCGCUUCAAAGGAUGAUAACAAACAAUUGAUCGUUGGAGCUGCUAUUGGUACCAGGGAAGACGAUAAAGCUCGUUUGGCACUCCUAGCUCAAGCUGGUGUUGACGUAGUCGUUCUAGAUUCAUCCCAAGGCAACUCCAUCUACCAAAUCGACAUGAUCAAAUUCAUCAAAACCACAUAUCCCAACCUCCAAGUUAUCGCGGGUAACGUCGUCACGGUAAAACAAGCCAAAAACCUAAUUGACGCAGGCGCAGACGCGUUGCGUGUCGGUAUGGGCAGUGGCAGCAUUUGCAUCACUCAAGAAGUAAUGGCCGUCGGUAGAGCUCAAGCCACCGCGGUCUACAAAGUAUCUCAGUACGCCAAACAGUACGGCGUACCUGUCAUCGCCGAUGGAGGUAUUCAGUCCAUAGGCCACAUCAUUAAGGCUUUAUCUUUGGGAGCUUCCACGGUCAUGAUGGGCUCGCUUUUGGCUGGAACUUCCGAAGCCCCUGGCGAGUAUUUCUUCUCUGAUGGUGUAAGGCUCAAGAAGUACAGAGGUAUGGGAAGUAUUGAGGCCAUGGAUAAGAAGGAUGCCAUGGGCUCUGCUAUGAGCAGAUAUUUCCAUAAUGAGGUUGACAAGCUUAAGGUGGCCCAAGGAGUAAGUGGAAGUAUUGUAGACAAAGGCUCAGUACUAAGAUUUGUACCAUACUUACAAUGCGGCAUCAGACACAGUUGUCAGGAUAUUGGAACCAAAUCACUUAAAGAUCUUAGGGUAAUGAUGUAUUCUGGAGAGUUAAGAUUUGAAUUGAGAUCAAAUUCAGCUCAGAUGGAAGGAAACGUACACAGCCUUUUCAGCUACGAAAAAAGAUUAUUUUAAACGAGAUCAUUCCUAACUGUACUUUUUAAAUGUUUUUCGUUCGUUAUUACUACUUAAACUUUAUUUGUGAUCAUUGGCUUUAACAUUCUUAUGUAUUUAAAUAAAUAAAAAACGUUCACACGCGCUUCAAGCAUUACCUAUAUGUGAUUUAAAUGGCCAAUAAUACCUUAAUUUUUUGACCAAAUCUGAAUAUUAUACAAUUCACUAAUCAAUCCUGUGGAUACAACAUGGUAUUAAAAUGUUAUUUAUUGUAAAAAAUUAUGUUUUAAUAGAAGUUUAGACAUAUUUGUGAGCCACAAGUUAUUUUUUAUAUGAUAUUACUCAUUGUAUGUAAAUGUAUUGCAUAUCAAACCAAAUAUAUGCAGAA